AUGCCCAAAUAUGCAAAGUUCCUCAAAGACAUCCUGACAAACAAGAGGAAAUGGACGGAUGAUGUCACGAUCUCGUUAACGGAAAACUAUAGCUCCAUAAUUUCUAAGAAAAUCCCAACUAAGUUGAAAGAUCCCGGAAGUUUUACCAUUCCGUGUGUAGUUGGUGAUAUGGAAUUUUCCAAAUGCUUGUGUGAUUUAGGAGCUAGCAUUAACUUGAUGCCAUUAUCUAUAUUCCAAAAGCUUGUCUUGGGUGAUGUGAAGGAAACUUCAAUGCUACUCCAAUUGGCGGAUCAAUCCAUCAAACGACCACACGGUCGUCCAUUCAUGAAUACCGGUCGAGUAUUAAUUGAUGUACAUGAUGGAAAAUUGAUUUUCAGAAUCGGCGAGGACCAAGUUGAGUUCAACAUGACACGCCUAAUAAAACACCCUUUGGAGGAGGAGACAUGUAUGAGGGUCGACAUUAUCGAUGAAUGUGUGAUCGAAGAAAAGGAUGAGGAAUCCAAGAUCGAGGACUUAAAGAGCGUGAAUUCAAUGGACAUGUCUCAAGAAGAGGAGGAGUUUGAACCUCCAAGACCCGAAUUACUCUUGAGAACUGAUAAGCCUACACCGCCUUCUACCGAAAAGCCACCAAUUCUAGAGCUUAAACCUUUACCUCAAUUCUUAAGGUACUCCUUUUUAGGAGAAAAUGACAUCUUGCCGAUUAUUAUAUUCAACAAGUUGUCCAAACAACAAGAAGAAAGGGUAAUUGAUUGA